UCCCUCUUUGGCCAUUAGGUGCGAAAGUAAAAAGGAGCUGGAUUGGAAGCACAGACCUCAUUUCAAAGCUGGUCCUGUCCCUCCUAGCAGCCACAACACUACUCCGAAAUUCAGUGCUUACGCACCCUCUCCCUAAACCGCUAAACUUCAAGACUUACAAACACUUCCUUAACUUUUUCUCCCUAUUCUCUUUGGGAAUAAGGCAUUUUCUUCCCACUUUACUUUCCCCCCUCCCCCAUCCCCACUUUUCCCUCCCCCGCCUUCUUGCUUUCCCACUUUUCUCCUCUUUUCUCCCUUUGGAGAGUUUCAAGCUUUUAGCUGCUUUCUGGGAUACAGAGGACUGGCACUUCCCAUCACAAACAGCUGAAUUCACUUUUGUGUUUUUUUUGUUUUCCUGUUAUUUUCAUCUCAUCUAAUUUUUCUGGGAUGUCUGAUGUUUCUGCCUAAGACGAAGGGAAAUGAAUAGAUGCUGGUGAGAACUGAGAGCAGCAGCAGCAGGCGCAGCAGCAGCCCCAGCAGUGACUUCUGUGAGAAGCCGGUAGGACAUCCCAGGGGAAUCUAAUCCAAGAAAGGCUGUGAGGGGAAAAAACUCACUGAUCAUUGAGAAAGGAAGAAAACAGAGCCAAAGGGUUUCUCCACCUCUUUAACUUUCUAGUCUCUCUCCUAUUCUACCGGAAUUAUGGUUGACUGUGGCUCUGGAGAGAUGCUGCUGCUGCUUCUAUUUGCCAUGGCAGGCAUCUUCCUUAGCCAGGUGCCGGGAGCUCAGAGUGCAGCCUGUGAACCUGUUCGCAUCCCUCUGUGCAAGUCUCUACCCUGGAACAUGACUAAGAUGCCCAACCACCUGCACCACAGCACCCAGGCAAAUGCUAUCUUGGCAAUUGAACAAUUUGAAGGCCUGUUGGGAACCCGAUGCAGCCCAGACCUCCUCUUCUUCCUCUGUGCCAUGUAUGCGCCUAUCUGUACCAUUGAUUUCCAGCACGAGCCUAUCAAGCCUUGCAAGUCUGUGUGUGAGAGAGCUCGACAGGGGUGUGAGCCGGUCCUCAUCAAAUACCGACACUCGUGGCCAGAGAGCUUGGCCUGUGAAGAACUGCCAGUCUAUGACAGAGGUGUCUGCAUCUCUCCUGAAGCCAUAGUCACUGCUGAUGGAGCUGAUUUUCCUAUGGAUUCUGGCAAUGGAAACUGUAGAGGUGCCAGCCCUGAACGCUGCAAAUGUAAGCCAGUAAGAGCCACACAGAAGACCUAUUUCCGGAACAAUUAUAACUAUGUUAUUCGGGCAAAAGUGAAGGAAGUAAAGACUAAAUGCCAUGAUGUCACUGUAGUAGUGGAAGUAAAGGAGAUUUUGAAAUCUUCUUUAGUGAAUAUCCCAAGGGAUACGAUCAAUCUUUACACUAAUUCGGGUUGCUUAUGUCCUCCACUCAAUGUUAAUGAGGAAUAUCUCAUCAUGGGCUAUGAAGAUGAAGAACGCUCUAGGUUGCUCUUGGUGGAAGGUUCAAUAGCUGAGAAAUGGAAGGAUCGUCUUGGUAAAAAAGUUAAGCGUUGGGAUCUGAAGCUCCGUCACAUUGGGUUAAGCAAAACUGAAUCUGGUCCAAGUGAUUCUACACAGAAGUCUGGCAGGAACAAUAACCAGCGGCAACCACGCAAUUGAAUGUGAAAUGAGAAACGUGAAAACCAAUGGACUCCCUUGUAAGACUUGCAUUGUUGGAGCAGCAAAGAAAAAAUUGCACUAUUGCACGUUAUACUCGAUUGUUUACUACAAAAUCAAAUUGUAACUGAUAUUAGUCUUAUUUCCCUUCUGUUUUCUGCCUUUUUUUUUUUUUUUUUUGGUCUGGGUAUAAAAUGUUAAAAAAAUAUAAAUAUAUAUAUAUAUAUAUUAUAUUUCACUAAUUAUGGAGAAAACAUCCCCAUGAGCUGAAAAACUAAUUCUAGAAUAUUUUACUACAGUUGAUAACAAUCAGGUUGGGGUAUCUGGAUUUGCCAAUGCCAUUUUAAAGAUGUAGAGAUGUUUGCCACAUACAGAGGGAUGGGAUCUGGUGUAAAAUAGACUCUAACAGACCAACGGCAAUCUCUUUUUUAAUCAUUUUUAUCCUUUGUCAUAUCAGGAAAAAUUUAGUUUUUAAACUAUAUAUAAAACAACAGUUGGAUAACAAAUGAUUGUGUAGACUGGGUAGUGAAGCCUAGAGGAAAACUAUAAGAAAAUAUGAAAGAAGAAUUAUUCUCAAGACUAGUGAGAAGCAAAAUAAAUAGCUGUAGAAUCUGAGGAAAAAAUAUUUGUUCUGAUGGAAAAGCACAAUUUAACUGGUAGCUGUUGAUGUUAACAGUAGCAUUUCCCUUUUGGCAAUAGAGUUGACUAAUUAACAUUAGGGAAUAAAUUAUAACCAGACAUCUGUUGUUAUCAGUGUAACUCUGUUUAAUUUGUUUCCUUUUGAAUUAAACCACUGGUUUGUCUUUUUUCCCCCCUUUCUGAAAUAUAACCCUGAUUUACUGUCUCAAUCAGAACAAAAAUAGAAAGAUAUAUGGAUGUAUAUACAUCCAGGUGUUAUUUUUAAGUGGCUUGAUCCUUCUGAGAAAUGUUAGUUAACUCCCCAAAGUGCUAAGAUAAUUUAGAGUAUUCUUAGUUUUCUGAUAGCCCCAAUCACCUUGCCCUAGUUCUGUUUUUGGUUUCUGAAUCUGUCAGGCUAACAGCUGGCUGCAUCUGUUUGAGAAUUUCUUGACUAUCAUUGCAGCUUUGUUUCCAUCUGGGUAGGAACAUCACUUCCUUUGUGCUGAUCUUUGGGGUUUUGUAGUUAGAGUUGUGUGUGUGUAUGUGGUGUGUGUGUGUGUGUGUGUAUAUGUAGCAUGUGAUAUGUUGCAGAUGACUGAAUUAUCAGACCUGUCUCUUGGUGCCGGUCUGCACUUUACCAUUUGGAUGUUGUGGGGGGGUGUUCUUAUGUCUAUUUCUACAUAAAUAGCCAUGUUUAAUGCUCAGUAAAUGUCUAAUAAAAGGGAUUAUAGUUAUCUAGACAGAGGAUAUUCUGAGUUUUGAUCCUAAUACAUAUUUCAUUACCUAUGGUGCAUUUUGAUCUCUAAGGUAUACUUUGAAAAGUAAUGCCUUCACUUCCUUCUUCAAAUAGAAUUUUUUAGAGCCUAUGUCAGUCAUUUGAAGUCCAUUGAUUUUCCUCUAUUGACAUAUCAUAUUAUUAGUAGAAAACCCAACUUUUGAGUUAUGGCAUAUGGAAAAUAAAACACUUAUGAUGCAAACUGGCA